CAGACAAUGUCGGUGUGCGUCAGCUACGUAGCAGCAGCAGUGGCAGUAGCAGCAGCGGGCGGAGGAAACUUGUCGAUGUCUGCGUGAAAGGGAGGCGGGGGCGCAAGACAGCCGCACACAGGCAGACGAGAGACAGACAGAGACAGCGAGAGAGCCAGCGAGCGAGACAACCAUGUCGGACCCUUACAACAACCGCGAGAUCGUCAACGACUUCAUCCGAUACAAGCUGACGCAGCGCGGCUACGGCCAGAGCGGCCCAUCGCCACCACCACCACCACCAUCUCCUCCGCCGUCGUCACAGUCCACGGCUCAGCUGCUCCGCGUGUUGCGAGCGGCGGGCGACGAGUUCGAGAGCCGCUACCGUGCCUCCUUCUCGGACCUGUCGCAGCAGCUGCACGUGUCGCAGGGCUGUGCCGAGCAGCGCUUCGCCGAGGUGACCGCAGAGCUGUUUCGCGACGGGGUGAACUGGGGCCGCGUGGUGGCAUUCCUGGCCUUCGGCGCCGCUCUCUGCGCCGAGUGCGCCGACAAGGAGAUGGGCUUCCUGGUGGACGGAAUCGCGCAGUGGAUGGCCAACUACCUGGACGAGGAGCUGCGCGACUGGAUCCAGCAGAACGGCGGCUGGGACUCCUUUGUGUCGCUGUACGGCGCGCGCGGGGGCGGGCUGGCCCGGCGACGCCUUCACGGCGCCGGCGCCAACGACGACGAGCCGCUGGCGUGGCCCUCCCUGAAGACGGUCAUCACGGGCCUGGCGGCCGUCGGGGCCUGCCUAACCGUCGGGGCCCUCUUCAACGUGCACAAGUGACGCGGCCCGGCCUCGUGCCGUCCACGCGGUAUCGAGCCGCAACCAUGGUCGCCGCCGGCUCCUCGAGCAACUCCACCAUCGACCACCUCCAUCGCUUCAAGGACCUCCACCACCAACUCCUGCUCAAGCACCACCACCACCGGCCACCUCAACCACUGCAAAUCACCUGCUCAACCACCCAAACCAACGUCUCAACCACCCAAAGGCACCUCCUCAACUAUCACCGCCAACCUCCACCACCACCUCCUCAACCACCUCCUCCUACUGCAACUGCUUCCACUGCAACUGCCACUGUAACAACUGGUCACCUCAACCACCACGGCAACCACCACCACCGCUGCCGCCGUAUCCACAUCCUCAACAACCACCACCGAUACCACCGGCCACGCUGACCGCUGCAACUCCCACCACCUCCACCGCCACCACCACCGCCGCCGCCGCUGCCCUCAAGUAACGGCAGCACCAACAUUUGGAGCCUGGCAGGCAAAACACCGAUGGUGCAUUUCGUUGGUUCGGCUCAGCAAUGGGCGGCCAUUAUUUUUAGGAUUGGGGUUUUUUUUUCUGAGGAAGGAAAGGUUAAGGAAGAGCGAGAGCGAGCGAGUGUGAUUUCGUGGGGAGGGUUAAGCGUUAAGCGGUCGGUCGUCACGGCGUUUUUUAACAUUAGACGUACGAGUUAGGGGGAUGAGGCUUGCCGAGACGCUAGGCUUUGGUGAUUGUGGGAGUUGGAGACGGUGGGGGUGGGAGUGUUUAGAGCUAAGAUUAGAGGUUAGAGGUCAUUGCAGAAGUAAGUUAGCAGUUAAGGGAGCUGCGGUUCGUAAGCCAUUGGCACGGAGCUCACGUUUGUCACGGGCAUUACGGAUACGGUCGCAGUUGUAAGUGCCGCCGCCCUUGGGUGCUGGGGCCCAGGUGUGAUUAA